AUGCCGUGUGUUGUGAAAUACUGUUCAGCAAAAAUACACUGACCAAGAAAAGGAAGGAAAAAGUCUGUUAACAUAAAGAACAGUUUUGAACAGGAAGAGUUCAGCACUGUGUGGAGUCACAUCACGUAACUCAUCUAUAUGUGUAUUUGUGCACACACAAAAACUUUAGAAUAUUUCUUUUUUAAAUUAUUAUUUCUAUGAUGCAUCGCUUUAGAUCGAAAAUCAGAGCCAUGUGUUAAACGUCACACUGCGAAAUGGAGGACCUGGAUCAGGAGGAGCAGUUUCUCCAUGAUGCCAGAAAUGGGAACCUGCCAGGAAUUCAAAGGCUUUUAAUAGCUAAAAUCAAAGGAGAAGCAAAAUUUGAAAUCAACUGUAAAGGCAAAAGCAGGUCAAAUUUUGGAUGGACUCCUCUUCAUCUGUCCUGCUAUUUUGGACACAGGGAUGUAGUGGAGGAGCUGCUAAAGGCUGGAGCAGACGCCAAUCUGACAAAUAAUGUAGGAGACACACCACUCCAUAAAGCAGCAUUUACAGGACGGCAGGAAGUGGUGAUGCUGCUGCUUCAGUACAAUGCCUGUCCUUCAGUCAUUAACGGCUCAGCUCAGAUUCCCAAAGAUGUCACGCAUAAUGAGGAGAUCAGGAGCAUGCUGGAGGCGGCUGAGCGAACUGAGGAGAGGAAGUUGGAGGAGCAGGUGUUAGAAGCAGCUCGAGAGGGAGCCACAACUACCCUGUUAAAACUGCUGAACAGGGAGAAACCUCCAAACCUCAACUGCACCGACCUGCUAGGUAACACACCACUACACUGUGCUGCAUACAGAGGCCAGAAACAGUGUGCAGUCAAACUGCUACAGAAUGGAGCCAGCCCCAAUAUCAAGAACAAAAAUGGUCAGACAGUGUUUGAUCUUGCAAAGGACAGUGAGAUGAGGCAGAUCCUGGAGGGCAGUUUAAUGAAAGGUGGAAGGCACUAUGUUCAGAAGUUUGAUGGUCCUCUUUGGAAGAGCACAAGGUUCUUUGGCUGGCGUUCCUGUUGGGUCGUUCUUCAAGAUGGAGUUUUGUCAUUGUACUCAAACCAGUCUGAUGCCUCAUCCAACAGUCAGAGGAAAGGCUGCAAAGCCCUGACCCAGGCCCAUAGUAGUACUAAAGACAGGGGCCACUUCACAGUCAAGUACUUUGAUGACAGCGUCCAUUAUUUUAAAGUCUCACCAAAAGGUGACCCAGAAGCCACCAGAAAAAAAUGGCUGGAUGCUAUUGAGGCACACUCUGCUUUCAGCACUCAUUACUGCUCACAGGAUCAGGACAGUGAGGAAGAUGAGGAUGAAGUGAUAUCAUUGAGUGAGCUAACAGAGUCUCUUCAGCGGGCUGAGAUGUGUCAUGGGAAGUUGGAAUCUGAGGUGUUGUCCCUCUUCUCCAUGGUAAAAGAGGAUGCACUCAGUGAAGGCCUCCCGGGGGCUGUGCUGCAGAAGCUCAGAGAGGUGUGUGAGGCAUCUAGUGAGACCUGUUCGUAUCUCCGUCAAUGUCUAGAUUUGUUCUCCAAACAGGAAGGGGCACGCAGUCUUAAGCUGGAACAGGAAGUGGAGAAGAACAAGAUCCUUUCGGAGGCUCUGCAGACUUUGGCUACAGAGCACCAUGAGCUGGAGCAGUCUGUGGUUCGAGGCUCGUCUCCCCGCAGCGCCAUUCUCAGCGAGGACGACUUCUACGAUGCACUUUCCCAUUCUGACUCUGAGCAUUCACAGAGCUGCCUAGAGUUGAGUUGUUCUUUCGAGGAAGGGGACGAGGGCAGGUCAGAGCGCUUUGGUAGCGUGCAGAGUUGUUUCAACGGAGAGAGGAUGUCUCAGAACGACUGGCAUGGUGAUGAGGGGGAGGAGGAUGAAGGAGCCAAACCUGAAGGAGCCAAAAAGCAUAGGACAAGUUUGCCAGCUCCCAUGUUUUCCAGAAACAACUUCAGCAUCUGGAGCAUAUUGAGAAAGUGCAUCGGAAUGGAGCUGUCUAAGAUCACCAUGCCAGUUAUCUUCAAUGAGCCGCUCAGCUUUUUACAGAGACUCACAGAGUACAUGGAGCACACUUAUCUCAUCCAGCAGGCUAAUGACUCCACCGACUCCAUCGAGAGAAUGAAGUGUGUAGCGGCGUUUGCAGUGUCUGCAGUGGCUUCUCAGUGGGAGAGGACUGGGAAACCCUUUAACCCCCUGCUGGGGGAGACCUACGAGCUUGUCAGAGAAGAUUUGGGUUUCCGGGUGAUCUCUGAGCAGGUGAGUCACCAUCCUCCAGUUAGUGCUUUCCAUGCUGAGGGCCUGCAGAAGGACUUUGUUUUCCAUGGGUCCAUCUACCCCAAGCUGAAGUUCUGGGGUAAAAGUGUGGAGGCAGAGCCGAAAGGCCUCAUGACUCUCGAGCUGCCUAAGUACAAUGAGGCUUAUACAUGGACAAACCCGACAUGCUGUGUUCACAACAUUAUAGUGGGGCAGCUUUGGAUUGAACAGUACGGUAACGUGGAGGUGACCAAUCACAGAACUGGUGAAAAGUGCUGUCUCAGCUUUAAACCUUGUGGCCUGUUUGGCAAAGAGCUGCACAAAGUAGAGGGCUACAUUCUUGACAAAAGCAAAAAGAAAGUGUGUGUUUUGUAUGGGAAAUGGACAGAAUGCAUGUAUGCAGUUGAUCCAGCAGUGUUUGAGGCUCACAAGAAGAAUGAUAAGGUCACAGAGGGGAGGAAAAGCAGUAAAGAGGGGUCCAGUGCUGAGUCUGAGGAAAGCCCACAGACAGGCAGUUAUUCUCUGGAGGAGAUUCCAGGCAGCCAUUUACUUUGGAAAAUCUCACCACGACCAGCCAACUCUUCUCAGAUGUACAGUUUUACGUUGUUUGCUAUGCAGCUAAAUGAGCUUGAUAAAGAAAUCGAAGCUGCAAUUCCCAAAACUGAUUGCAGACUAAGACCAGACAUCCGCGCCAUGGAAAAUGGAGACAUUGAUUUGGCAAGUGAGGAGAAAAAAAGGCUGGAAGAAAAGCAGAGAGCAGCACGUAAGAGCCAAGGCAAGUCAGAAGAGGGCUGGAAGACAAGGUGGUUUUAUCAGGGUCCGAACCCUCAUACCAACUCUCCAGACUGGCUUUUCACCACCUCAUACUGGAAUCGAGAUUAUUCCCAAGUCCCUGAUAUUUACUGAGAUGAUUCUCGCUAACUGGGCCAUGUGGGAUAUUUGUAUGAUACACUUUUUUCUUAGAUGGAACACAUUUAUCAUACCUGCAAGUUCCCUGUAUAUUAUUUAUUUUUUUAAGAUUAACAAAUUUCUUACUUAAUUAUUCAUGCAAAUAAAUUAGCAAUUUCAUCCAGUAAUGUAAAAACAAUGGUGUUGGUUACUAUAGCUCCCUCUAAGUAAUCAAUAUCAUAACUAUUAUAAGGGUAGAAAUUAUAGAUUUUGUGUGGUUGGAUUGGCGAGGGGGGGGGGGGUGUUGGCAAUUAAAUGAUUGAGACAAUAUGACAAUUCUCUUUUUCUAAUCCAUUCCAGACACUACUAGUUUUUAAUUAUAUGAUGUACUAAAUGUUGUAUUAUUUAUUUCAGAGCUCUUUUAUGCUUUACUUUUUCAUUAAUUAACUAAAUUUUUUAAAUACUAUUUAAUGCAGACAUGCAGAGUUACACAUGCUUCUAUAAGUUCUAGUUUUGUUCUAAAUAACAUGAUUAACUAUUAUUUUAUUGUUUGUCUCAUAGUGAUGUGUAGUCACUAAUUAUUGUGUGUGUGUUGUGAGAGAAUCUUAUUUAUAAAAACCUAAUAAUGUGAAAUAUGACUUCCCUAUAUGCAGAUUAUUUUAACUCAGUUAUUUUAACCAAGUUGGUGAGGUUGUGAUGGAUCUUUUAAAAUGCUCGCUGCAUUUGAUUUUAACACAGAGGCAGUUUAAAUUGUAAUACUGCUUUUUAAAUGUGAAUUAUUAUUUGUUGUUGUUUUGUGUUCUUCAUGUGGUUGUAUAGCCGGAUUUAACAUGCCUGCUGAAUAAAACCCUAAGGAGACCAAAGUAGAUUAUUGUCAUUAAAGUCACAGUGAAAAAUAAGACUUGCUGUCAUCUAAUCAAAUUUUACUAAUUCAUUUUUAAGAAAUACUGUUGACAUCCUCAUCAGGA